CGGAAGCUUUGUGCUAGCUGCUUUAGUUUUCCGCAGUCUUCCGCGGGUCUCCGGUCUGAACUUCCCGAAAACAGGAAAAAGAAAUGAUGUCCGGUGAUCUUAUUUCGCGGUGAGGUAGAAAGGCAUCACCCAGGUGCGCUAAAUAUGCUCGUGAGGAGUGAAAAGACACACCCUGGCAUCGCUGUUGGAGCUAAACGGAGGUGUUCCUAACUGCAACCGAAGAGCGGAAGUUGUUCAACCGAAACAGCCGGAGUGGUGCAGGCGGUGUUCGUUUAUUGUCGUGUCCAGUGCAGAGAGAAGACCUCGUUGGAGUUUAUAAUUACAGUUCAAACGGCACUUCAACGGGCAGGGGCCAUGAGCAGUGAGCUGAACGUGCCUAUGGGCUCCCCAGCCCCGGGGGUCUCAGAGCGGGCUCCUGAUGGUGGGGGGAUGGACUACAGGGACUGGGUGCGACGCAGUUACCUGGAGCUGGUCAGCUCCAACCACCACUCGGUGCAGGCCCUGUCCUGGAGGAAACUGUACCUGAGCCGGGCCAAGCUGAAGGCCUCCAGCAGGACCUCUGCACUCCUCUCUGGCUUUGCAAUGGUGGCCAUGGUGGAGGUAGAGCUAGAGAUGGAUUACUGUUACCCUCCAGUGCUCCUCAUUGCCUUCAGUGUGUGCACCACCGUGCUGGUGGCAGUGCACCUCUUUGCCCUGCUGAUCAGCACCUGCAUCCUGCCCAACGUGGAGGCUGUCAGCAAUAUCCACAACCUCAACUCUGUCAGCGAGUCACCACAUGAGCGUAUGCACCACUACAUCGAGCUGGCCUGGGGCUUCUCCACCGCCCUUGGCAUCCUGCUGUUCCUAGCAGAGGUGGUGCUCCUGUGCUGGAUCAAGUUUCUACCAGUAGACUCGAGCCUGUCCGGACCACCCUGCAGAACCUCGACAGCCACCGCUGGGACGCAGCCUACAACAGCACCUGUGCCACAGGACAGCGGCUGGAAAGCCGCGCUGGCCUCCACCAUCAUCAUGGUGCCAGUGGGGGUGAUUUUUUUGGUGUUCACCAUUCACUUUUAUCGCUCUUUGGUGCGCCACAAGACAGAGCGUCACCACCAGGAGAUCGAGGAACUGCACAAGAUUAAGGUGCAGCUAGACGGCCACGAGAGAGGCCUCCAGACUGUGUGAUGACUUGAUGGCAGCUUUAAGGACUUCCUUUGUAUCCCAUAUUUAUCUACCCCCGUCCCCUUUCUGAUGUUUGUUCUAUUCUUUGUUGAUGCCUCGCUUGGACUCAUAAGUUGAGUUUGAAAGCUGUCCACUUUGCAGCACAGACAGCCGAUACAAGUCAGACUGCUAAUUUAUUCUUAAGGCAAAGUUGCGUUAUAGUGUGUUUUCGAUGUGUAAUGUGUGUUGGUCAUGGAUAAUGUACAUAGGUUUACAGAAAAAGGGCUUCUACGUUCUGUGUGCCAUUUUUGUGCCAUGUCUGUUUUCAUGUUCGGGUUGGGCAACAAUAGCUAGAAGCUAACUUAUCUCACUGCCUUAAGUUAGUUGCCAUAAUGGCAAAAUUAAACUAGACUGUUGAUUGACACUGUGCUCUCUGUAAGCUGGUUCCUGAGCAGAAUGUUGCCGCUAAUGAUUAUGUUUGAUAUUGAUUAAUCUGCCAGUUGUGUUCCCUGUAGACUAUUUAUUUAGUCUGGACGAUAUCAAAAAAUAUUGGAAAAAUGCUCAUGAAACUUCCCAGAGCCCAAAUACUCAAAAAAAGUAGUAAAUCUCAUUUCCACACAAGACAUUUUUGCUUUGAAAAGGACAAAUAACAAUUAAGAGUUAAAUUCUUAUGAUUGAUCAAUUCAUCUCUAUAGCUCUAUUCUUUAUUAGUAGUUCAACAACAGUGCUUCAGUGGUGUGUCAGUUUCAGUAGUACGAGGUUGAACUCUUAUUUAUAAAUCAUUGAUUUAUAUCACAUCAUUGAUGAUUUAAAGUUCCCAAUUGUAGGAAAGGUGAUUGUUGAGUCUCACUCCUAACUCGUCAAUUACUGAUGCUUUGGGUCUACUGGCAGACUGAACCUACAUAUCCAAAGCAUUAGUAUAUAUGGACCUGUAAACCCAAACCAUCUGUGUUUGACAAGUAGGGAUUAUGACAUGUCUAUUAACUGUCUUCCAAAUUGAACCUUUAAGCUGAUGAAUUGAAUAGCUAUGAGUUGCAAGUUGCUUAGAAAUAAUAAGGUUUGCCAAAGUAAAUUCACGCAAGACCACUGCUAAAAGCUGAAGGGUGCUGAUCAGAUACUUUGAGUUUUAUUUCUUUAUAAAUCUAGUUCUCUGUAUGGAUGCAAUUAACGUUCAUCGUCAUUGUUAAACUAAGCUUACUAGCUAACGGCAGCUACAGGAAGCAGCAGUAAGUGGCCACUGGCGAUGUGCUGCCCGCAACUUGUUUUGAAUGCAAAUUCGACCGGUGGCCAGUUCUUACAUAUUGUACUUUUUUUGAAGAAAUGCUCUGGCAGAUUUAAUCACUUAUUAAAAGAGUUAAAGUUUAAAAGAAUAGUUGACUAAUCAGUUAAUCGUUGCACCUGUUGAUCCUUGUAGAUGUUGAACGUCUCUUAUGGAUUCAAUAAGAGAUUCUAAAAGGUUUGGAUUAACUAAGGUGAUUCAGAUUGGAGGAAACGCUAUUGAACCCCAACCCUGUUUCUGUGGAUUUUGUGGCGAGCGCACGCCUCAGUGUUCACGCUCAACCUGCUCCUCAGUCAGGCUCAUAUUUCACAUAAACCGUAGCCUGUUGUUUUAACCUUUUAAGAGUCCAGUCAUUUAUCACACUGCAUGUGUUUAGUAAGAAAAGAAGGUCUGUUGUUGAGUCUUAAAAAAUGUAACAUCCUGUCUUCACUGUUUUUUUUUUUUUUACAGACAAGCAUCAAACACUUUGUCAAAUUCUUCCUUCGAAUAGCUUUUACUGUCUAUUACAAAGAUCAUGGGCCUGUGUAUAAGGUGCCAUACCAGUCAACUCUGCAUACUGAUGCUGCUCUAAGUGCUUAAUUAUGUGUCACAGUCCAAAUAUAGUUCUGCCUUACAGAGUUGUUGCCUUUUAUGAACUGCUGUUUUUGCUUGAGGUCAUAACACAAGCAGAUCUGUUUGCCGAGAGUGCAGUUAAGUUAAAAAGUGUUAAUGUUGAGCUGGAUGGCGGUCCAAAGGGCUGGAGAAAAGGUCAAAAUGGUGAAGCGAUUGAAAUGAGAACAGUUGCACAAUGCAUGUUUUAAAAAAGCAUGACCCAGUAACCCCCAGUUUACUGUAUACGCUAAAUAUCCGAGAACUUUCUGUUAGAGUUGGCGCUGCCUUCAAUGAAGUCAAAGAUGUUACUGUGGUUUUUUUUUUAAAAAAAAGUCAAAUGUACCAACCUGUUUUUACAUUCCAAAUAAGAUGACUGACCAAAGUGUUGCUCAGUUGUUUGUUUCUUGCUUCUCAGAGGAGACAAAAGUGCACUUGUAGUUUUUUAGUUGUACAGUGAGUGAGUACUGGGGUUCUUAUCAGAAGAUGUCUUGCUUUGUCUCAUGUUGGUGGAUUUGCUUGGGAAAUGAAUACUGCAGAGGUCGUGGAGACCUGUGUUGGAAGAUGAAAUUCACAGCCUGUGACAGACUUCCAAAAUAAAAGUGAAUAUUAAAGGUU